AUGUCUAGGCUAGAUGCGUCAUUCAGGUUCCAUAAUAAAUGUGAAAAGCAGAAGAUUAUUAAUCUUUGUUUUGCGGAUGACCUUUUCUUAUUUGCCAAAGGUGAAGUUCAUUCGGCGAGAUGCAUUAUGGAGUCGUUGACAAAGUUCACUAAGAUGUCAGGUUUGGUGCCAAGUAUUCAAAAAAGUACAGCCUUCUUUUGUAAUGUUCCUACUUUUGUUAAAAGUGUUAUUCUGGAGUUAAUGACAUUUGUUGAAGGGAGUCCUUGUGGGUUGAGUGGAUUAAGUCGUAUAAGCUCAAGGGUAGAAGUUUUUGGGAGUGUAGUAUUCCAGCUAAUAGUUGUUAGAGCUGGAGAAAGAUUUUACAGCUUAGACCGAGUAUUAGACAGUAUAUCUGGUCUAGAGUUGGCGACGGGAGGUCCACUUCUGCUUGUGAGUGACGUUUGGGCUGAUGGUGGUUGGAGAUGGCCGCUGGCAUGGAGGGAUUCUUUUCCGGUUCUUAUUCAUGCAUCUAGCAUUAUUAUUAACAACUAUACAACUGAUCGUUUCCUAUGGAAGGAUGGGGAUAUCUUGUCACAUUAUUCUUUAGCUCUAGCUUGGGAGUCGAUCAGGUCGAGGGAGCCUGAAAUUCAAUGGGUUAGCAUUGUUUGGUUUACUCAUUGUAUUCCUAAGCAUGCGUUCCUCUUGUGGCUGAUUAUGAGGAGAAAGCUUCUAACUCAGGAUAAGAUUAUUCAGUGGGAUUUUGAGAGGAGGAAAAACAUGAAUAUGACGUGCUGUCCUUUGUGUUAUUCGGAUUAUGAUUCUCAUCAACACCUUUUCUUUGAAUGUCCGUUCUCUAUGCAAGUAUGGUACGGUGUGCGUGGAAAGGCAGGUAUGUCUAAUGUGGAUCCAAAGAUUUCGGCUAUUGUGGAAUGGUUGUUAUUGCGUUCCAAAUCCAAGUCAGCAGGGUGUUUGAUUAGUAAGUUGGUGGUGGCGGCUUCUACGUAUGUUAUUUGGCAGGAAAGGAAUGAUCGUUUGUUCAAGAAUCAAACUAGGCCGCCAGAUAUCAUUUGCAAUGAAAUUCUACAAACUGUUCGGUACAAAUUGCUAGGUGUGAAGUUUAAAGACACGGCGAGUGUGAGGCGUCUUCUUGAUGAUUGGGAUAUCCGUGGGGAUGAUGGUAGAGAUAAUGGCGAUUGA